UGGCCCCUGGGCCGCAUUUUGGACACCCCUGCUGUAAAUAAAAACGGUACGGCAGAUCACGUGGUGUAAAUGAUUACGUAAGACAUUUGUGUGAGGGACAACACUGCUUUGUCAGCAUAAUUAAUCAGGCAGAAGGCUUGUUAGUGAUGCACCGCUGCUCUUUACUGUCCUAGAAGAGUAAACACUAUGCUGCUGCUGCUGCUUCUGGGCUGCAGACCACAAAAACAACAAUAGUGUAACGGAGGUUUUUUUCAAAAAAAAAAAGGAACAAAAAGUUACGUGUUGAGUGGUUGUGAAUAAUUAAACACUUUAUUUAUUAUUCAUGAGAUGAAACUUUAGUCCCGUUCAUUAUUCUCGCCAUGACUGUUGUUGUUUUUGACGAUAAAUGAGAAGUUCAUUGACAAUUUGGCUCACCUGAGAAGCGGGAAGUUCUCCCUCCCAGGCCGCACGUCUUCACCCUCUCCCCGUGGAAGAGUCCGUACGCCAGGCGGCCCACGAACUUCUCCAGCUCGGCCCCCGUAGCGUUGACCAGCUCGGCCCCGGUCCGGCAAAGCACGGUUCCGUCGACCCAUAGCGGCAGCCCGGUGGCCAAGGCGGCCGCCAGGGCGCAGCAGAGGCCGAGCGAGCCCCCGCAGGCCAGCAGCAGCCGCUUGUGUCGCCUCGCCAUCAUGGCGGCGCGUCGCUCCCGCUCACGGAAAGCAGCCUGCGCGCGGGACGGUCUCCACGGCAACGGGGUGUGGGCGUGGCCAUCCCGUGACGUCACUGCGAGGCUUCGCCCGGCACCGCCCGCUGGAGGCUGGACGUAAACAUUCCAGCACGUGCCUGGUACGGAACGCAUCAGACCUGCAGAGACCGGAGCUGGCAUGGCGGCCAUCGUCGGGUGCGUGUGUUUGUGCGCCUCCAUGGCGCUGAUGGAUGCUCAGCUGAUGGAGACACAAACCUUUGGCACCUUUCGCUCUCCCAACUUCCCUGCGCCCUAUCCUCCUGAGGCCAGCAGACACUGGAACAUCAGCGUCCCUCAAGGCUUCAGGGUCCGACUCUACUUCAGCCAUUUUGACCUGGAGCCCUCCUACCUGUGCGAGUACGACUACGUAAAGGUGGAGGCGGAGGGGGUGAUGCUGGCGCUGUUCUGUGGUCGGGAGGACUCGGACACGGAGGCGGUGCCGGGUCAAAAGGUCAUCACCUCCCCAAAGAACACACUCAGCGUGGACUUCUCCUCGGACUUCUCCAAUGAGGAAAACUUCUCAGGAUUUAACGCUCACUACAGCGCUGUGGACGUGGACGAGUGUAUGGACGGCGUGGACGAGGACAUGCAGUGUGACCACCUGUGUCACAACUACUUGGGGGGGUUCUACUGCUCGUGUCGUCAUGGUUACUUGCUGCACACGGACAAGCGCACAUGUACAGUGGAGUGCGGUGGCCACGUGUUUGGAAACCGUUCUGGGGUGGUGAGCAGCGUGGACUUCCCUGCUCCGUAUCCAAAGAGUUCCGAGUGUUUGUACGUGAUCGAGGUGGCGGCGGGCCUCAAGCUCCGCCUCCAUUUUGAGCACACCUUCGACGUGGAGGACCACCCAGAGGUGGUGUGUCCGUACGACUACGUCAAGAUCCGAGCGGGCGCCAGAGACUUGGGGACGUUCUGCGGCCGCCGGUCUCCCGGAGUCAUCGAGACCGACAGUAACGUGGCGGCCAUCCUGUUCCACAGCGACAACUCCGGGGAGAACCUCGGCUGGAGGCUGACGUACACGUCUGUAGAGGCAGGAAGUCAGUGUCCGGUUCCAGAGCGGCCUCCAAACAGCAUACUGAGCCCGGUCCAGUCCGAGUACUCAAUCGGAGACCAUGUCGAGGUCACAUGCGCUACUGGGUUCCGAUUGGUCAAGGACGGUCAGCGCGUGGACGAGUACAACAUGGAGUGUGGGACUGACAGGAAGUGGAACGGCAGCCUUCCUGUGUGUCAAACGGUGGACUGUGGCGUUCCCGAGGGGGUGGACCGGGCUGACGUGGUGUUUGGUAACCGUGGCAACAGCACACUGUUUGGAGCCACCGUCCGCUACCGGUGCGGAGACGACGCCUUUGAGAUCCACCCUAACGACAGUCAGUAUCACUGCGGGCCAAACGGGCUUUGGGUCCACGCUGAUUUAGGGGUGGAGCUUCCGUCCUGUGCGCCAGCGUGUGGCCGUCCCGCCAGGUCCUUCCCCCGGCAGGUGAAGCGCAUAGUGGGCGGGCACGGCGCCGAGCCCGGCCUCUUCCCCUGGCAGGUCCUGCUGAGCGUGGAGGAUCCGUCCCGCGUCCCCGAGGACCGCUGGUUCGGCUCCGGCGCCUUGCUGUCCGACAGGUGGGUCCUGACCGCGGCUCACGUGCUCCGGACCCGGCGGCGGGACGCCCGCGUGGUCCCCGUAGACCCCGAGCACGUCAAGGUCUUCGUGGGACUCGUGGACAAGCGGGACCAGCAUUCGGCGCCCGGUCACUCGGUGGACGAGGUCGUCCUCCAUCCGGACUUCCGGCCAAGUGACUACAACGACGACAUCGCCAUGGUGAGGCUGAGCGCCCGGGUGGAGCUGAACGCCGCCGUCCGUCCCGUCUGCCUGCCCCCGCCGCAGCUCCAGGACUCCGCCCCGGCCCCCCUGCCCAACUCUGUGGGCGUCGUCGCCGGCUGGGGCGUCUCGGACCCCUCCUCCAACGCCACGGGAGCGACCUCGGACCUCCUGCAGUACGUCAAGCUGCCGGUGGUGUCCGAGGACGAGUGUCGCGCCAGCUACGCCUCGCGCGGCUACAACGUCAGCGACGGCAUGUUCUGCGCCGGCUUCUACGAGGGGGGGCGGGACACCUGCCUGGGGGACAGCGGCGGCGCCUUCGUCAUGGAAGAGCCGUUUGGCCGCAGGUGGGCUGUCUUUGGGCUGGUGUCGUGGGGUGGCCCCGAGGCGUGCGGCACUCGCCGGGUGUACGGCGUCUACACGCGCGUGGUCAAAUAUGUGGAGUGGAUACAAAACCGCACUGGCAGCGCCCCCUGGUGGAAGCACUAAGGAGGUGCAAGUUUUCGCUCAUUCUUUAUUGUCCGUCCUCGGGUCAACGGUCACAUAGCAACUGACGCUGUGGUCAAAGUUGGACUUGCCACAAAACGCAUUAAGAUAUUCAAUACCCCAAAUCUGUCACGUUUCAUGUGUCAGGUAAACCGCGUCGAAUGGGGCCUUCCUCUUGUAUUCUUGUUUUGUACAAUAAAUUGUUCAACUUCCUCAUCAUCCUUUUUAUUUGAACUUUAAUUCUUAGACUCGCCCACUUUGUUAAUCGUCAUGAAAAAAACCAAAAUUUAUUUUAGCUCUGCGUGGCGUUCAAGUCCACCCUGGCCAUGGUGGUUGUGAUCCAGGGUAGGAAGUUCCCCAGGCGGGUGUAGACGCCAUACUUGCCAGUGGCGGCGCACUCUUCGCCCCAGCUGAUGAUGCCGGUCAGGAACCACGUGCCCCUGUAGUGGACCACGAAGGGGCCGCCGCUGUCGCCGCUGCAGGCGUCGAUGCUGGCCUUCAGGUAUCCUGCACAGAACAUGUUGUCUGUGAUCACCUGCAGGGGGGCACGCAACAUGGAUGCUCUUCACCUUUUUUGAAAACACCCUUCUUCUGCUUUUGCUCACCAGCAAACUGACAACACUCUGCUAGCGCCGUGCUAGCGUGACGCUAACACAGUGGCUGCUAUCACCUGCUCGCUAGACAGGCUGCAGGACCGGUGACUGACCACCGGGAGCGCCACCUUCCUGAGGAAUCGCGAGGGCCUGCCCAGGUACUUUGUGGUCCCCCAUCCUGUCACCACACCCCUGUUGUCCUCCUGAACACACACACACACGUCUGUAUAAAACUUUUACCGUUAAGGGCCACACACUGAAAAAUCAAAACAUGCGGUGGCCAUUUUGAAAUGUUUAAUUUUCAAAACUACGGAGCCCUUAAAGGGACAUCGGGGAAAAAACAUUUUUUUACAUUUUUUUUUUUUUUUUUUAGACAUGUAUCAUAAAAAGUUUCUCGUGCGCACGAGAUACAUGUCUAAAAACAAAAAAACAACAACAAAAAAAAAUUCUACAUUUUUUUUUCCCCCCCAUGUCCCUUUAGGGCAGGGGUGUCCAAACUUUUUCCACUGAGGGCCGCACACUGAAAAAUCAAAGCAAACGGGGGCCAUUUUGAUAUUUUUUUAUUUUAAAAACCAAUACAAUAUAUGUAUAAAAAAUAUACAUUUAGGCCUCCACUCAGGCUUGAUCCCAGGGACCCCAAAGGGUUUUGUUUAAAAAAAUAUAAAAAAUGUUUCAUUAUUCAGUAUUAUUAUUUUUAUUAUUAUUCAAGUUUUAAAUCCAUAGAUAUACAUUAGGUCUGUCUGUCAAUAUAACGUUUUUAAAGAUUUAAGUCGUAUGUUCUUUUUGUCAAAGAAAACCUUGUUUUUUUAUGGAAAAAACACAAAAUAUGCAAUAUUUUCACCCAAUAACAUUUUUAAGUGGAAUAUUUGAGAUUAUAUAAUAAUUGGAGCCUUAAAAAGGUAAAAAACUCAUAACACCAUUA